GCCUGGGCCACCAGGCCACUGAGGCCUGGGCCCUGGGCCCUGGGCCACAGGCCACUGGGCCCUGGGCCACCAGGCCCUGGGCCCUGGGCCCUGGGCCUAGGCCACUGGGCCACAGGCCCUAGGCCUGGGCCACUGGGCCCUGGGCCACUGGGCCUGGGCCCAGGCCACAGGCCCUGGGCCCUGGGCCUAGGCCUGGGCCCUGGGCCUGGGCCACAGGCCUGA